AUGGCUUGUCGCAAGGCCGCACAAAGAUUCGGGAAGCAGGCCGUCCGCAAAUCCGUCCGAGCCCCAAAAUUCCCGGCGGACCGUCUACCAGCAGAGCUCAUUCAUAUGGUCUUUACGUAUUUGAAGCCUACUGAGGCUGCCGGUUUUCGCUGGGCGGGAAGGGUUGUUGCUGAGAUCGGCCUACAAUAUCUGGCUCCAACGGUCUACCUUACGCUCAAGGAGGAGAGCUAUGAUCGUCUUUUGGCUAUUGCUGGACACCCCACUGUCAGCAAAUAUGUUGUCGAGCUUGAUUACGAAACGGAGGGUCUGAGACCCAUGGCUCGUGAAGAUUUUGACCGGAUGAUCAGAAGGACAGGUGUAAUACCUCAGCGAAACGACUCCUCUGAAAGACCGGAUUCCUGCGCGAGCGCACGUGCCUGGCGAGCUUAUCAACGAGAAUCUCUUCGUAACAUACCAGUUUUCAACCAGAGACAGACCAAGCAGCUAUUGAAUCGAGCUUGGUCGAUGUAUGAGGCAGAUUAUGCCAGUCAAAAGAAGGUCCAACAAGCGAACUUCUUUCGCGAAAAGACCGCAAAAGCGAUCAAGCAAUUUCCGUAUCUUGAGAGAGUUUUCACAUCUGCAGAUGGUGCCUAUGAGCGCUAUGCUGCUGAAAUCAAAGGUUUCCUGCCAACGUACUACUUCUCACACUGUUCCGCUCACAGAUAUCCAUCAAGCGUUGGCGCCACCAGCUCCGUUCUGUUGGCCGCGGAGUCAGCUGGUCUACAUCUCGACUAUUUCCGUUGUUCUAUCAACUGGCAGGUCUUUACGCAGAACGAGAAAGAUCUCGCCACUUUUAAGAGAAGCUUACUUCAUCUCAAGGUCAUGAUUAUAACUUUUACCAUUCCGCGAGACAUGCGUCGGGCCCGCAUGGUUCAGGAAUAUACAUACAUUCGUUGGCAAUGUCUGGAGAACGGACAUGUGCUGGAUCUCAUCACGUCUUCACCAGAUCUCGAGCACCUCGCCCUUAGCUUCGAAACGUUGCCGGAACCCAUCUUCUAUCCGACGUUAAAUGAAACCAUGGGCAACUUCUACUGGCAUUCCUUGAAGACUGUCAAUCUCGAAAGUCUAUUCUCGGACGAUGACGACCUGUUGAUGUUUUGUAAGAGACACGCGCACACUCUCAAAGACCUCUCACUCACAGACAUGCGACUGCACAAAGGUUCAUGGGAUGUGACAUUCCACAGGAUGCGCCAGACUUUCAGGCUCGGGGCAACAACUUGCUACCUGCAAGCUCCGUGGAUUGUUUUGGAGCCCCGAGCGUGUUCUUAA